AGGCAAGAGCCCCAUACCUGGGGGAGGAGGAGAGGACACACGGCAUGUUCUGGUUAAAAACCCAGCCAUGUCCAGCAAAGGGAUCAGGAGGAAACCUGAUGCUGUGAUGGGAGAGAAACCUAGCUCUGUUCCUGAAUUCAAAGGGCACGGAAGAAGAGGGAAAUGUCUCCCCUUGGAGCAGCCUGCAAUAGUUUUGAGUCUUCUCAGUGUGCUCUUGGCCUCUGUGAGCAGGGAUUUGGGAAGGCACCCCAGGAGGCUGAACUCAACUGGAAAGAAGGAUUAAAGUAGGAACAGCCUGGCCAUCGCUUGUUCUUGUGCUGGAGCUGAUGCCAGAGGGUUUCAAAGGAGCCCCCAUGACUUUUGGUUCCAUUUUAUGCCUCUCCUAUGGUAGCUUCUGGGGAUGCCAUAGGCACAUCCUGAUGGAGCAGCUCCCUUCUUCCCUCUUUGUCAGGACAGGGCAGUGCUGCUGCCAGCCCUUCCCUCACACCCACGGGAUCUGGCUCUCCGUCACGCAGUGCCUGUGCCUGCUCCCAGCCUGACUCUGCCACUGGCACCACGCUGAGACCUCUCCCUGUGCUGCCUGGUGCCCGAACAUCCAGACCUCGUCUCCUUCCUCCAGCUGCAAACGGGAGAUUUGUGUUACCCGUUAUCCAGCACGCUGGGGCCGGAGAUUAAUUUUCCCUGCUUAACGCUUACGCUCCAGCUACGCUGACCCCCGGGGGCUGUCCUCCACUGCUCUCCUCCUCCCGGCAUGCACCCGUGUCCGCUGGAGAGGAAAGUGUGAGCCAGCAGCGGGCCGCACCGAUUCCUGGAGCGGGGCCAGGCGCAUGUCCCAGUGCGCAGGGCAGCUCCGUGGCUCCUGGCGCUGUUCCCUGUGUCCGGAGCGCCGGGCUCAGACUGAGCGGUGCCGGCCGCUGCGCCAGGGCAGGAGCUGCUGCCCCUCGUGCUGGGCACUGCUCCCCACAGCUCCUUGCCAUGUCUGAGUGUGGGGCGAGGAAGGACCCUGCUCCUCCAGGAGUAAUCCCACUGCAUCGGUAACUUCUCCCCGUACCUUCGGAGAGACCUGACUGCUGCCAGGAGCACACAGGACACAACCACAGCUCCUGUGGUUUUUUUUUUUUUUUUUUUUUUUUUUUUUUUUUUUUUUUUUUUUUUUCCUGAAGGCUAGCCUGCACCUCUGCCUUAGACCCCACUGCAGGGGGUACCCAGCAGCUUCUCCUGGCACGUUCCCAGGUAGCAGAGCCCCUGUCCCCAAGGGCAGGGAGUGCUGUGUGAGACCGUGUCCUGGCGGCAAGGACAGAGCCCUCUCCUUGCCGUGCUCAGUGCACAAGGCUGGAGUGCUGGGUUCUGCUUUUCCCCAGCCAGUGAGGCUGGCAGUGGCUCGCACGUCCCCAGCAGCAGCACCAGCCCUGGCCCCGGGGGGAUGCACUCCCCCAGAGGGGUUUCUCUGUGUGCAGGCACGAGGAGUCACUUGGGUAUCAACAAAUGGGUGCAGUCACCCCUCUUUCCAGCCCCGCAGCCCAGACUGGCUGUGCCCUUCUGCAGUCUCACCGGGUGCCCGGUGCUGCCUGCCUGUCCCCACCCUUGGGGAAGGGCAGCCCCUGGCCAGAGGAUCCCCAAGUGCUGAGAUGGCCAAGGGACGUUUUGGGGCACCCUGAUCUCCAGACCUGGUCCUCAUCUCUCACUUGUUUCUCCUCUUUUCUCCUGCUCUAGGGACCCAGGUGCUGCAGCCCUGGAGUUCUUGGGGUGGGGUGGGGGUUAGCUCCCAGCAGAGUUUGGGGUGAGGGGGGGCUGGUGGCAGAGCAGUUAUGGGGCUGCUGUACCCUGUCCCGUGGCUGAGCCCUGCCUCCUGGUGUCCACAGCCCCGGCACCCUGGGGUCCCCCCCCGGUGCGCAGGGACCCAGGCAGGCUCCCGCCGCCCCGGGGGAGCUUCCCCCCGCCCCGCAUGCAAAUGUACCCAAAUGAGGGGGGCGUGGCGGCACCAGACCCCUCCCCGCUAUAAGAAGUUCGCUGCGGCGGGGAUUGCAGCAGCCGCAGCUCCACACCGAGCCCAGCCGCACCGAGCCGCCGGGACAGCCCGGGCCCCCCCGCAGCAUGCGCGAGUGCAUCUCCGUCCACGUCGGCCAGGCCGGCGUCCAGAUGGGCAACACGUGCUGGGAGCUGUACUGCCUGGAGCACGGCAUCCAGCCCGACGGGCAGAUGCCCAGCGACAAGACCAUCGGCGGGGGGGACGACUCCUUCACCACCUUCUUCUGCGAGACCGGCGCCGGGAAGCACGUCCCGCGGGCCAUCUUCGUGGACCUGGAGCCCACCGUGAUCGAUGAGGUGCGGGCUGGGAUCUACCGGCAGCUCUUCCACCCCGAGCAGCUCAUCACCGGCAAGGAGGACGCUGCCAACAACUACGCCCGCGGGCACUACACCAUCGGCAAGGAGAUCAUCGACCAAGUGCUGGACAGGAUCCGGAAACUGGCUGACCAGUGCACGGGCCUCCAGGGCUUCCUCGUUUUUCAUAGCUUCGGAGGCGGCACCGGCUCCGGAUUCACCUCCCUGCUGAUGGAGCGACUCUCUGUUGACUACGGCAAGAAGUCCAAGCUCGAGUUCUCCAUCUACCCUGCCCCACAGGUCUCCACCGCUGUGGUGGAGCCCUACAACUCCAUCCUCACCACCCACACCACCCUGGAGCACUCGGACUGUGCUUUCAUGGUGGACAACGAGGCCAUCUAUGAUAUCUGCCGCAGGAACCUGGACAUCGAGCGCCCGACCUACACCAACCUCAACCGCCUCAUCAGUCAGAUCGUCUCCUCCAUCACCGCCUCGUUGAGGUUUGACGGGGCCCUGAACGUCGACCUGACCGAGUUCCAGACCAACCUGGUGCCCUACCCUCGCAUCCACUUCCCCCUGGCCACCUACGCCCCCGUCAUCUCUGCAGAGAAGGCCUACCACGAGCAGCUGUCGGUGGCCGAGAUCACCAACUCGUGCUUCGAGCCGGCCAACCAGAUGGUGAAGUGCGACCCUCGGCACGGCAAGUACAUGGCGUGCUGCCUGCUGUACCGCGGGGACGUGGUGCCCAAGGACGUCAACGCCGCCAUCGCCACCAUCAAGACCAAGCGCAGCAUCCAGUUCGUGGACUGGUGCCCCACGGGCUUCAAGGUGGGCAUCAACUACCAGCCGCCCACCGUGGUGCCGGGGGGGGACCUGGCCAAGGUGCAGCGUGCCGUCUGCAUGCUGAGCAACACCACGGCCAUCGCCGAGGCCUGGGCUCGCCUCGACCACAAGUUCGACCUGAUGUACGCCAAGCGCGCCUUCGUGCACUGGUACGUGGGCGAGGGCAUGGAGGAGGGCGAGUUCUCCGAGGCGCGCGAGGACAUGGCUGCCCUGGAGAAGGAUUACGAGGAGGUGGGCCUGGACUCCUACGAGGACGAAGAGGAGGGCGAGGAGUAGAGACGCCGCGGCCCAAGGGGACCUUGCUCCUUCUCCCGUGUCUCCUGCGGGAACCUUUUGCAAUAAACCGUUUGAGAGCC